GAUGUCACCGCUAUGGUAAUAUUAGGGGUGAUUUGCAUAACCUAGAUAAUGCUGCCCGACCUGGUUCUAAAAGUAGAACAUGCGGGUGUAAAUUUAUAAUUGUAGGAAGUAGUCGUAAACCAGGAGAAAGACCUUGGACGGUGAGGGUGUCUCCUGGUGAAAAAGGAAGAUAUAACCACCCGUUCUUAGUAUACAUAGAUGGUCAUGUAAGGGCAAAUAGGUUGAAUGUAGAUAUUUGACAGUACAUACGAGAGUUUAGUGCAACCAGCAUGCAACUUGCAUUUAUUAUGACCUCAAUUAGACAAAAUUUCUCUGGUUUUUUUGCUAGUAUGAAUCAAAUUUAUAAUGUUAGACAAUCAAUUAGGAGAGAAGAGAUGGAGGGUAGACUCCCCUUCAACACCGUCUUUAUAUGACCACAGAGCAUAAUUACGUGGUUCGGACAGACUUGGAUAGUGACGGAGAUUAUUAGUUGCAAAUCCUACAUCCAUCCAGAUGAUACGUACGUGGCCCUAUGUUGUGUUGAUAGAUACAACGUACAAAACAAAUAAACAAAAGUGACUGCUUUGUGAAGUAAUUGAAAUGACGCCAACCUAUCACAACUUCUUGGUUGUGUUUUGUUUGAUGAGAGAUGAGGCGGCUUUGUUAUAUCCGUGGGUGUUGGAGGGAUUGAAAGAUAUUUUUUGCAGAGCUCAGACUCCUAGCGUAAUUGUAAGUGAUCGAGACGAGGGUUUAUCUGCAGCUAUUCGUGAUGUCUUCCCAGAUGUGCGACAUUUAUUAUGCGUAUGACAUAUUGCCAAUGACGUAGAGAACAUGGUGGACAAAUUGUGUGGCGGGAAAAGAAAUCAACAAGGGCAUAUAUUCAGGAAAACUAGAUGGGAAUCGAUUGUGGCUACUUGGACGACUAGGAACAGAAAGGUCAUUCGAUAUUUGGCUGGAACAUGGAUUCCACAUAAAGAGAAAUUUGUGCGUGCAUGGACGAACUGUUUACACAUGGGUAACCAGACUAUUAGCAGAGUUGAAAGCCAACACUCGUCUUUCAAGUACUAUCUUAGUAGCGGUAAUAGCUCAUUUGAUACCCUGUUUAAAAGGGCACACGCACAGAUAACAAAUCAGCAAUCAAGGAUCCGACAAGCGCUACAGGAAUCCAUGAAUUCUAUUUCAACGUCUUUGCGACAUAAUUUCUUUAGAUCGUUAUAUUGCCAUGAAUCAAUUUUUUCCUCAGAACAAUUGCUGCUUGAGCAUAACCGUUGUUAGAUUUGGGUGAUUAUGUAUUUGACAAAUGCGGAUGUGCACUUCAAAGCACGCAUGGAUUGCCCUGUGCUUGUUAUUUCUAUUUGUCGAUCAGGUCACAAGGUUCGUUGUAUUUGGAUGACAUUCAUCCAUUCUGGAGAACUUUAACGUACACAGAGUUAGAAGCUGACACCAACGAAGGAGUACGGCACGCAAACGCCGACGACAAAGAGUACUUUCAACCGUUGGUUAAUGAAGUGUUAAAAGCCGAUUCCGUAGUUGUACGACGCAUGUCUGGGGUACUUGAAGAUGAAUUACACCCUGAUGGUGCCGAUAUACCUAAGCCAUAUGCAAGUCCACCAAGAAAGGGAAGACCAACGACAAGCAAAACCCUCAGGAUAAAUAAAAGCGCCUUUGAAUACAACAGAUCAUCCUCUCGGGGUCGUGGGUCUAGAUCUUCAUCUUGCGGGAGAUCUAGUAGUCGAGAAACGCAAUCCUCAGUUGGAAUUAACUUUAGUUUCAACUUUUCUGAUGGUUCAGCAGGUCGUGAUUUUUCAGUGUUUCCAUGGCCCAAUCACAUCCCAUAUAUUCUCUCUCCUUACUUGUUUGAUUGGAUUCAUGUUAUAGGUGAUGGUAUACUGUGGAUUUAGAGCUAUUUCCGUCAUAGAGUUAAGAGGUGAUGGUUUCUGGUUUGGUCUAGGUUUUAAAAUUUUCAGACCAGACCGGACCGAAAAAUCGUAAUAAAUUUCGGUCUGGUGAAAAUCGUAAACCGUAGAUCGGAACCUGCAUUAAUAUAUGAGAAGGCCCAAGUUUAAUAUUGAGUGAUUGUGUCUGGCAGCCCAAGUUAAAAUGUUAGGGCUUAAAAGUUAAUACGGCACUCCAGCAGGCAGCAGCUCCUCCAUUCCUCCCUCCUUCCACAGUCGACAUUUUAAAUUUUUGACCUUCUGUGCUCCAGGCUCCAGCAGCUCCUCGCCUCCUCCCUUCUUCGACAGUUGUGCUUCAAGUCUUCAACAUUCAGCUUGAAAUUUCCAAAUCUUCAACGCUACCUUCA